CUACGACACACUCCACCAUAAUUCUCCCCAUUGCCUUCUUCUUGAAGAUAUAUUACCUGCGAACAAAUCAAUGACGGAAACGAAUCUCUCGUCGGAGUGAUUUUGCAGACGGGGUUUCCCCCGACGGUUCCUUCACACCUCAACCCCGAAAUCUCCAGUCACCUGCGCUCUCGGCCGCCUGCGUCGCGUACGACCAAGUCGAAGAUACGUCGCCCGAUUACGUCGCGCCAUCUCCGCCACCAUGGCUACCCCCAAAAUCGGCGGCUUCAAACUCUCCCUCUCCAGCAAAAACAGCAAAUCACUCAAGGCACCCACUACGAACCUCACAAAACGCCCACGCGCCGUUCUAGAAGAGGACGAACCCGAGGAUACUAACGGCGCGGCUGUAGAAAUUUCGGGCUGGGAUGCUGCAACUGGUGGCGCUGUUGACGUGAACGGGAAGCAGAAAGAAGAUGGACCGCGCGUCAUCAAUCCGCUUGCGAAUCGGAAUUGGCGGGAGGAAGCAAGACGGAAACAGGAGGCGAGGAAGGUGGUUGAAGAUAAUACGGAAAUGUAUAAGGAGUCGAAUAUUGCGUAUGGAUUGACGGUUGUUAAGAAAAAGGAGAAGGAGCGGAGUGUUACACCAGAGGAUCUGGCGCCGGAGCUGGAAAACAAGCCCGAGGAGCCGGACGGUCUGACGGAAGAGGAGCGGUUGGAUAGAGAUGCUAUGGAAGCGCUCUUGAAUGGCAAAACACCAGAGGAGAAAACAAUCAUCGCCGCUCCAACUGAAGAAGAAGCGUUCGAGCAGGACUACCAACAUGCUCCUGACGCGCCCUCCUUAGACGCUUACCUCGCCACGCCCAUCGACGGUUUCGGCGCCGCCAUCCUCCGCGGCUUCGGCUGGAAAGACGGCGAAGAGCUAGGUCCAAAUAGAAAACCGGCGACAAAAAAACCUGUGGAAAUUAAACGCCGGGCCGCAUUGCUUGGGGUGGGUGCGAAACCCGAGGCUGCUGCUGGUAUUGAGCUUGGAGCUUGGGGAAAGGGGUCAAAGGGCCAGAGGAUAGUCGAUCAGGCGUAUAAUCCUGUGGCGUUGAAGAAUAAGCGUACAGGUGAGAUUGUUACGGAGGAGGAGCUGAAGGCAAAGUUGGACCAGCAGAAGCUAUUGGCGGAUGAAGAGAAGCCUGAGAAGAGGAGGAAACGGACGUCCGGGGAUGAGGAGUAUGACCGGGGGCGCGAGAGGAGAAAGCAGAAAGAACGUGAUCGUGACCGUGACCGUGACCGUGACCACGAGAAAGAUCGAGAUCGGGAUAGGAAAGAGAAGGACAGAUACCGUAACCGUGACAGCGACAGAGACAGAGACCGCAAGGAUCGAGAUAGGUACCGGGACAGUGACCGAGAGAGGACCAAAGAACAGCACCGGUAUCGAGACAGUGAUCGCGAGCGGGAAAGAAUCAGGGAUAAGGAUCGUUACCGAGAGAGUCCGAGGCGACAUAGGGAGAGGAGCAGAUCCAGCGAUGAUACAAGGAAGAGGAAGAGACGUGAUAAUGACGACGAGGACCGUGCAUCUUCCAGUCGGAGGAGAAGAGAUGACUGAUAGAUUCCUACCUUUCUUUGAUACCCCAAAGGGUUCGGCAUAUAACAUGUGAAUAGACAACUUGAG